AUGUCUGGUACACUAACCACUUCCUUAAUAUAUUUAUUAUCACUACUACCGGCCAGGCUUGCUGCUGUAUGGUUUGGUCCAAAUCAGGUUUCCAGUGCCUGCAGCAUCGGUGUUUUUGGAAAUCAGUUAGGUGUCGCUGUAGGAUUUUUACUACCUCCGCUUUUAGUGAAAAAUCAUGAUGAUCUGGAAUUAAUUGGAAGAGACCUGCAAAAUAUGUUUUACUUAGUAGCUGGUUUUUGUGGAUUGCUAUUGCUUCUAGUAAUAUUCUUGUUCAAAGCAGAACCACCAACUCCACCAUCAGCAGCUCAGGAUAAAGAGCUAAUGUAUGGUUUGUCAAAUAAAACUAAUUCGGAGCCUUCUAAUGCAAACGAAAAUUCAUCGCAGCUUGAGAGUGGGAUUAAUAUCGAAGCUGAACAUAGUUUUGCAACAUCAGUCAAAAGGCUACUUACGAAUGUGGGAUAUGACUUGUUACUCGGUUCAUAUGGAAUUAAUGUUGGUGUUUUCUAUGCGCUCUCUACAUUAUUGAAUCAGAUUGUUUUGCAAUAUUAUCCGGGUCACGAGGAGGAUGCUGGAAAAAUAGGUCUGACCAUCGUUUUAGCUGGCAUGCUGGGCUCUGUAGUUUGCGGAGUGGUUUUGGACAAGACUCAUAGAUUCAAGGAAACAACAUUGGCGGUUUAUGGAUUUAGUAUGGUUGGCAUGGUCGUAUACACAUUCACUCUGAGCUGUGGUUACAUCAGUGUUGUUUACAUUACAUCAGGUCUUCUUGGGUUCUUCAUGACUGGAUAUUUGCCAGUUGGGUUUGAAUUUGGAUCCGAACUAACAUAUCCCGAGCCCGAGGGCACUUCAGCUGGAUUGCUGAAUGCCGCUGCACAGACUUUCGGCAUUUUGUUCACAAUGGCCUACGCAAAACUUCUGGAUGGUUUCGGCGACAUGGUGGCCAAUCUGUCAUUAAGCUUCAUGCUUUUGGUGGGAACCAUAAUGACAGCAGCUAUAAAGUCAGAUUUACGUCGGCAAAAAGCCCACAAUUUAGCUGAAUAAAUUUUCAUUGGCGUAUGUAUAUAGAAUUUAAAAAAAUAUUUAAAUGAAAGUGCAAAGUAAGUACUAUGACAAUGAAAUACUAAGUUGCCAAAAUAUUAAUUAUUAUUGAUGUGCCGAUUAGAAUGGGAAUUAAGACGCUUUAUGAUUUGAAUUAAAUUUCUAUAUUCAAUUGUUUAACUUACACAUUCCGUUUCGUAUUUAUCAAUAUGCAGCAUUUUGGUCGAUGCAUUUGAAUGUGCAAUUUGUGGCAUUAAAUAUUGCCAAGUAGAUAGCAUACACUUGAUAAAUUUACAUUUAAUUUUUUUUGAAAAAUUGUAGUUGAAACGGACUCUGGAAUUAUAUAAAAUGUUAGAAUUGUAUAUUUGUAUGCUUUUAGCUCCAUGAUAACAGAAAACAAUUUAACUGUAUUAGUUGCAAAUUUUUAAUCUAGUUACGUUAGCUUGUAAGUUUACUCACGUCUUAUAUUUGGAGAUCAAACAUAGCAUAUCCAAAACUGUUAUGAAAUUUAGCAAUAUUUUCACGUCAAAUCUCAUUCAAAUAGCAUUUUAAAGUAGUGACACAUCAUAAAUUGAAAUAAGAGGCUUAGGGGACGAUUUUUGAACAAAAUGUUAGUUUAAGUGUUAUUUCUAGGUUGCGGGUUAUAUUCUCGAAUUGAAAUAUUCUAAUUGAUAGAAUGCCAAUAAAUAUUUUUGUAUACAAUUUUAUUACACCUCGACUUAAUUUUAAUUUUAUUGUAUUUUAAAUUUUAAUAAGAAAUAAUUUAACAAAUGAUAAAAAUUUGCUUCUCAGGAAAGCAAACACUUUUAUAUUAACUUGUUUCUGUAUCUAUAGAUAUUCACUGUUGUUAAUUUUAAAUGCAUUUCUUGUAAACUGAAAUUGUUCAAAUCAAAAA